AUGGCCGCCACAUCGGGCAACGAUCCCACGCCGUCGUCGGCAGGAAGCCAGACGACCCCGGGAUCCUCGACGCCCGAUCUACCUGAGGGGAUCACUCCAGCUAUGGCCGCCUUCUUCUCGGCCAUGAUGGCCCCGCUCCUGGCACAGCGGGCCCCUCCUCCCCCAGUUCCGACUCCCGACGCGGACGAACCCCGCGAACGGGAGCCCGAAAUCGAGGGCCCAGCCAAAUUCCGGGGUCGCGACGAGGAUCGCGCCAAGGCCGAGAAAUUCAUCGCGGGCUGUCGGAACGUAUUCGAAGGUCGUCCCCGCCAUUUCAACACAGACCGGAAGAAGAUCCGGUACGCGGGGGGGUUGAUGAAGGAGCACGCCGAGACUUGGUAUCAAGUCCCAAUGCAACUGGAGGAGGAGGACCGUCCCGACUGGUUUAACGACAUAAACCUAUUCUGGAAGGAAUUCCGAAAGCAUUUCGGUGAAGCCGACCCAAAACAACGCCCUCGGCGAGAGAUCGCCCGCGCGCGUCAAACGAGGGACGCCACCUCGUACGUCCGAUACUUCCAGGGACUGGUUUUCGAGUUGAAUUGGGACAUCAACUGCGAGCCCCUGCAUAACCAGUUCUAUCAAGGAUUGUCGGGUCGCAUGAAGGACGAAUUGUCUCGCGACGAACACCUUCCUGAGCGCACGACCGACCUCAUCGCUCGAGUUCUCGAGAUCGACGCCCGUCUAACUGCUCGCGCCGAGGAUAAGGCGGGAGGCAGAGUCCCGUCCACGGAUCGCCACGACGACAGCGAGGACGACAGCCGAGACAAGAAACAAGGCAAGAGGCCCAGCGAAGGGGGCGACGACAAAACCGCGGCGAAGUCGAACAAGAAGCGCCGUACCGACAAAGGUCCGAACGAAGCCGGUAAACCUUUCCGGAACUGGAACCGUACCGCGGACCAGAAGGUCCCCGACGACGAGAUGAAACUGCGUCGGGACUAUGGCGAAUGCCUAGUCUGCGGACACCCGGACCACGAAGCGAAGACAUGCCGAAAGGCCUCGGGAAACGGGGUAGGGGCGUGA